AUGAACGGCGGUGAAGAGCAGAACCAGGAGCAUCCAGAACCGGCCCGCGAGAUCUGGAUCCCAUCUUCUGGCAUCACGCCACAGCACGCCAUUUCAGCCAACAUAUACUCAUUUAACAGCCACGCUAGGAGGAUAUACCAAGACGAAGCAGAAAAGGAACAAGAUCACCCCGUGGGGAGCCUCCCCGCCGAAGUCCUCAUGGAGAUCCUGUCGCAGGUGCCCUACAAGUCUCUCUGUCGCUUCAAGUGUGUGUCCAAGCCGUGGCUCGCCUUCUGCUCUGAGCCCGACAUCUGCAAGAGGUGCCCGCAGACCCUAUCCGGCUUCUUCUACAACUACGGUGGACGCGUCAGCUUCCAUAAUUUGUCUGGCAGAGGGCGCCCUAUGGUCGACCCUUCUCUCCCUUUCUUGCGCGGGAGCUAUGACCGGUUUGAGGUCAAGCAAUGCUGCGGCGGCCUCCUCCUCUGCGAAUGCUGGGAAUCACGUCACGAGGAAGACAAACAUGAUUUCGUCGUGUGCAAUCCUAUGACUGGGAAGUGGACUGUGUUGCCACCUAUACUGUGGCAGAACAAAAUGGAUGGUGACCCUGUGCGGUUCAAACCGAUAGAGAUCUUCCUAGGGUUCGAUGCGACGGUUCCAUCUUGCUUCACGGUGUUUGUGCCCCUGACCUACUAUGAGGAGGAGUUCACAGAAAUGGCAAUCUACUCGUCGAAAACCCGAUGCUGGAUCACGGUGGAGAGCGACCCAACUACUCAGGUGGUUGGUAAUUCAGAGUGUGUCUUCCUGAAUGGCACUAUGCAUUUGGCUACCAAGGAUGGUUCCAUAGUGAGCGUCGAUGCCAAGGGGGAGGAAUGGUGCGAGAUCGAUAUGCCAAACCACAUGGAAGGCAGCAGAAGAAGUAAGGUUUCUAUUGGAAAGUCUCAGGGACAGUUGCAUGUGUGGCAGAUAUAUAAUGAUGAUGAUGAUGCUGAUGAUGAUGAUUAUGGUGAUGGUGAUGGCCACCUCUAUGUUUGGGUUCUAAAGGAUUAUGAUAGUGAAAAGUGGAGGCUGAAGUGUAAUGUUCGUGUUUCAGAACUAUUCAAGAGGGAAUGUGGCGAAGAUGAUUUCUCCUAUACAGCGUUUGCAAUUCAUCCUGAAUCUAACUGUAUAUUCCUUACCGACGAGGAUGAGACAACAUUGUCGUAUGAUAUGGAUAAUCUGAAAGUGAAGGUCAUGCGCAAUUUUCAAGAGUUCCAAGAUGCUCUACCUUAUACUCCUUGUUUUGCAGAAUGGUCUUCGGAUGGUCACUGA